GAGGAGGAGACAGAAGCUACAUGGGUCAAAAUCGGCCAAGAACACUUCCUGAAUAUCCAGAUGGAGAUCAGCCAGAAGUACGACCGUUCCACAUGGUGAUGAUGGACUGGAGGGACCUCCUUUUAAACCAUGGGCUAGAGAUGUUUUUUGGCGUCAUUCUCAACAAUGACAAUAUCGACAAUGUUAUUGACAAUGUUGACAACAUAGAAGAUGCUGGUGCUCCGAUUCAAGUUGGGAUGGAAGUCAACCUGGGUUUAGAAGACCCACUGCCUGGAGGAUCUAGGAGGAGGCCAAGAGAGGAGGACGAAGACGAAUCAGAGGAGAGAAGCAGCAAACGCUACCGGUGGUGGGACGAGUUUGCUGACAGCAGCUCCGACAGUGCCUCUGACUCUGACUAUGACAGUGACGAUGACGAUGACUUGGACGAUGAUGACUUUGACACUGAUGAUGCAGCUGCUGAGGUUGAAGACCCAUUGCGAAGUGGAUCCCGAAAAAGAUCAAGGGAAGAGGAUCCCGAAGAAGAUAAAGACAGAAGCAGUAAAUGCGUGCGGUGGUGGGACGAGUUUGCAGACAGCAGCUCUGACGAUGACUAUGACAAUAUUGAAAAUAUUGUCAAAUAUUGUCGUUGAAGUCAUCACCUCAGCAGCUGAGGUUGUUGACCCACUGCCUAGUGGAUCCAGAAAAAGGUCAAGUUAGGGCAAUUAAUCAGGAGUUUGGGCAGAAAAUUAUUGAAAAGUUGAGAUGCCUUUUUUGACACAAACAAUUAUGACUGACACAAACAGUGACUGUAACUCCCCAUCUACAUAGGUUUGACUGAGAAAUACGUCC